AUGGGAUGUUUCGAGUCCAGGCACCCAAAACGCAAACGAACAUCUGACAGUGAAAACAGGGCCAGGCAGGAUUUUGAGGAAAAGUACUGUCAGCUCCAUCCUGUGGGGAUGGAGACCACGGCAUCGGUGUAUGCCGGCUACAGAAGAACCAAUCGUCACCCUGUGUCCAUUAAAUAUGUUCCCCGAGUCCAGGGUGUGGAGCCAUCUCACAGCUUGCCAUUGGAAGUGUGGGUGAUGUGCAGGAUCUCCAGCCUAAAACCAGCACAGAGGUCAGCGUUUGUUUCUCUUCUGGAUUAUUACGACUUGGGUGAGGAGGUCAUCAUGAUCUUGGAUCAUCAACCGUGCUCUGCCAUGCUCAGCGAUUUCAUCACUGGCAAAGGAGGUUCUCUACAGGAAGAGGAGGUCAAAGUCCUCUUCAGGCAGCUGUUGGAGGCGGCCAAGGCUCUGCAGUCACAGGAAAUCUGGCACGGUGACAUCAACAAAGGGAAAAUCCUGAUCGACUUCAGCGCAAAGGUGCCCAAAUUAAAGCUGACAGACUUCGGAACCGGCUGUUUAGGCGCGUGGAAUUCCGUUCACAAGGGCUUCCAGGGCACUUCCACACACAUGCCCCCUGAGGUCUUCCAUUAUGACGUGUACCAGCCCGGCCCCCUCACGGUGUGGCAGAUCGGAGUGACCCUGUACGAGAUGCUGCACAACGACAAGACCUUUGACAUUGUGAACCUCCUAAACAACCAGCUGGAGCUGCGGGAGGGUUUGUCGCGUGGUUGUCUGAAAGUGUUGAACCAGUGUCUGAUCUUUGAACCUCUGGAGCGUCCGAAUUUUAAGGAUUUGGGGAGUUCUUCUUGGCUGAAGUGA